AUGUCCUUGCCUCCAAACGCAGGCGCCUCAGCUGGCAAUCAUAGGCAUGUCUCGUUUGUACAAGAACCGAACACGCCCGUCAACGGCUCCCCUGACAUCACAAUUCCGAACGCUACUCCGAACAUAAAUUCUUUCAAAGCCGCAGCAAAUAUCGAGAAGAUACAACGAGAUCCUGCAAAAUCAAAGGUUAUGUUCACCCCAGACAAGACAGCCAAAGAGGCCGACUCUCAAUCCCCGUCCCCACCCAAUGGCCAAAAACUCACCCACGCUACCAUCGCUAAGAGACGUCUCUCUGAUGCAAGUGAUGGAAGCCAUGCAUCGGUACUCACCACAAGCGGGUCAUCCAGUUAUGUUCAGUCGAGAGAGAACUCCGUGACUUCAUCUACGGGCACGCCAAUGGAUGGUGUAGAGGAUACAUACGAGAACGGAGAGAGACGAAAGCCGGCUAAGAAGAGGGCCAAGUUCAACGACAAUUGUAUGGGGCCGCCGAUGCUACCUAGACGUCGACGGGCCCCUGAUCCUGUUGCUGUGAAUCUUUUGAGACGUACUGGUCCACAAUUUCAAGGCGCACAGCAUCUUACGUCUCAUUUCGCCUCAACAUGCUAUGAGAUUUAUCUCGGCAAUGAUUUCAGUUCAAGUGGGCAUGAAAUGAUGCUUGCGAAAUCUCCCACCUUCGUUGAGCAUAUGAAUCGGGCUCGGUCCAAUGCUCGACAGAAACAGGUCUUACGCCUCGACAAUUACAACCAAGAACCGUUUGAUCAGAUGUUUAACUACCUGUAUACAGAUAGGCUAGACACUCUUCCAGCAAAUGAUGGAAACCGAUACGCUCGACUCGAGGAAUUAAGGCUACUAAUGCGUCUUGCCAAUACAUUUCAACUUCCUGAUCUGCAAUGUCAGAUCGUUGAUCACGUACGCAAGCAUAGGUUGGUUGGUAAAAUCGGGAUGCAUACAUUCUUCGACUGGGCGUAUGAAAUCUACACUAACGAGUUCGACCACACUGUCGGGAACUUUUCCAAGUUCUUCCAAGAUGUGGCUCCUGGAUUUCUCCAAAAGAAGAUCGACAAUGAAAAAAGCCCUAAUGGUAAACCUGCCAUGAUCCACCUGUUCAACCUGGUAGCGGCCGGUGGAGGGUUUGCGGUGGAAGUUUUGAAAGCAUCCCAUACUUACACAGACUCACACACAAAUUUGAAGGCUAUGAAUUCGAGUUUGAUAAAGCAAGAGCCGAGAGCAUCCCCUAAGAAGAAGCUCACCGUCAAGAAAGAGCCAGGUUCGACUGACACGAUGGCAAGACUGCCUGUUCCAGCUGCCACCAUGGCAAGACCUCCUGCUCCUCCUGCUUCUGCUGCCACCAUGGCACGACCCACUGUUGCGGCUGCCACCAUGGCGGAGCCACCUUUCUCCGCGCACUCUUUUGACGGCGCCAUCAGUCUUAGCAGUGACGACGAAUAA